UCGACCCAUUUCGCCAUCGACCAAGCACGGGACACAUGCCGCACACGAGCACCAGCCGCCGCGCUCACGCACGCGCAGCGUAGCCUCGCCCGCCAUGGAGCUGCUGCUGGUGCUCCUGCUCCUGCUCUUCCUCGCCCUCCCCGUGCUCCCGGCGCCGGUCCGCCUCGAGCUGGCCCGCGUGGACGCCAACCUCACGGGCCACGACCUCAUCCGCCGCGCCGUGCAGCGCAGCCUCGACAGGCCGGGUGUCGUCGUGGCGCGCCCCAGCGGCGGCGGAGGGUCCGGGGCGGCGACCGCCGCGGACGGGGGCCGCAGGUCCGCCGCCGCCGCCGAGGCCCCGGUGGUGGCCGGAGGCGGGGAGUACCUGGUCAAGCUCGGCAUCGGCACGCCGCAGCACUUCUUCUCGGCGGCCAUCGACACUGCCACCGACCUCGUCUGGAUGCAGUGCCAGCCCUGCGUCAGCUGCUACCGCCAGCUCGACCCCGUCUUCAACCCCAGGCUCUCCUCCUCCUACGCCGUCGUGCCCUGCCGCAGCGACACGUGCGGCCAGUUAGACGAGCACAGGUGCCGCUCCGAGGACGACGACGCGUGUCAGUACACGUACAGGUACAGCGGGAACGGCGUGACUAGGGGCACCCUGGCCAUCGACAAGCUGGCCGUCGGCAGCGACGUGUUCCACGGCGUGAUCUUCGGCUGCAGCAACUCCAGCGCCGGGGGGCCUCCGGCGCAGGCGUCCGGGCUCGUCGGCCUCGGCCGCGGGCCGCUCUCGCUCGUGUCCCAGCUCUCGGUGCGCCGGUUCAUGUACUGCCUGCCGCCGCCCAUGUCCAGGGUGCCGGGAAAGCUCGUGCUCGGCGCGGCCGUGGACGCCGUCCAGAAUGUGUCGGACCGGGUGACCAUCACCAUGUCGUCCAGCACGCGCUACCCGUCCUACUACUACCUCAACCUCGACGGUCUCGCCGUGGGCGACCAGACCCCGCGCACGGUCAGGACCGCGGCGCCACCGCCCACGGCUAGAAGAGGAGCCGCCACCGGCGGCGGCAGCGCGAACGCGUACGGGAUGAUCGUGGACAUCGCGUCGACGAUCUCGUUUCUGGAGGCGUCGCUGUACGACGAACUGGCGGACGACCUGGAGGAGGAGCUCCGGCUGCCCCGCGCCACCCCGUCGCGCCGCCUGGGGCUGGACCUCUGCUUCAUCCUGCCGGAGGGGGUGGGGAUGGACCGGGUGUACGUGCCGACGGUGUCGCUGUCGUUCGACGGGCGGUGGCUGGAGCUGGAGAGGGACCAGCUGUUCGUGGAGGACGGCCGGACGAUGUGCCUGAUGGUCGGCAAGACCAGCGGGGUGUCCAUCCUGGGCAACUUCCAGCAGCAGAACAUGCAGGUCCUCUACAACCUGCGCCGGGGAAAGAUCACCUUCGCCAAGGCCAGCUGCGAAUCCAUGCCGUAGAUAGGUUCGUUCCACAUGGACUGGGAGUUGAUCCUGUACUCCGUGCGGAGAAUUUUAACCAAAUUGCACAUUGGGAGAUUAGAUACUGAUGAUGGUCUGCAUUAGCCUUUGCCUGAAAUUUCUGAAGUGCGUAGAAAAGUGUAACAUUUCAAUUUUCAUCAACCAGAGUCGAAAAAAGGA